AUGGAUCAUCAAGCAGUUAUGGAAAAAUAUGAAAAAUUCAUAACUCUAUUUAGACGAGUGAUGUUGUCACAAAUUUUCGUAUCAUCGUUAUCGGUCAUCAUGCUUUGGUUUAUAUUCAUAAUGAGUUUUUCCAGCGAUGAUAGAUUUCAAGCUUCAGAUGUUGUGAUAAAAAAAAUGUUUUGCUCAAUUCCUUCAUUAUUAUUUCAAAUAUUUAUGGUGUGUUAUUUAUUUGGGAAUCUACACAGUCAACAAGAUUCAAUAAUAUUCGCAUUGUACAGCAGUAAUUGGACUGAAAUGGACAUGAAAUGUAAGAAAUUGAUAUUAUUAACAAUGAAAUUGAAUAAUGCUUACUACAAAAAGUUAAAAUUCACUAGAACAAAAAUAGUUAACUUGGAAAUGUUUUUUAAAACGAUGGGCGAUUGCUACUCAAUUAUUUCAGUUUUAGUAAAUUAUAUCCAAAGAAAAGUUGAAUAA